AUGCUAUUGACAAGACCAUUCCACUCCCACAAUCAUUUCCAACAACAGAACUCGGCCAAUACUGCCUCUACCGGCAACGACGCCAACAGUAGCACAUAUAAUCAGAGGACAAGCACAAACCCGAGGAGCGAUUUUUCAUACGGCUACAACACACAACCACACGAGAUCCCACGCGACGUCGACGCAAACACCGACCUGGGAUUCGACGUUGACUUCAGCCCUCUCAACGCAGAUUCGGACAUCGCCUUGUCGCCUUUCUCGACAAACUCGUGGCUCUCGUCGAGUUCACCCUCACUUAUGAGCAACGCUGAUUUGAUGCCGACUUCUGAGAGCUGGUAUUCCCAAAGCCACAUCAGCAACAAGCCAGGACACAGGGCAUCAGCGCACAACAGGGAGUCGUCGCUCUCUUCACUGGGCUCAGCCGGUCCGGCGUCGCCUUACUCACAGUCUACGACAAACCCUCAGAUCGCCGUGACAGACUCGUUGACGGAUGGGUUCGGCGGCAGCAACAUGUUCAGCACGAACGAUUCUUACUAUCAGUUGGCCAAGUCCUUUGUCCCCGGCCAGGACGGAAGCAACUUUUCACCAAACUACCCGAACCACCUACACACCAACCCCACAGCAAACGCAUAUAACCACAUGCUGGCGCAGCAAAAGCCUAAGUCGGAGAGGGGACUUUUACCUCCGCCCGAGCUAUCCGCUAGCAAUGCGUCAAAGUCACGCCCAGUCUCGGUGGCGAGUUCAGUUGCUUCUCAUGACUCACCAGCAACUCCAUGCAACGUUGAGGCGGAAGACGAGAGGAGACAGAGGCAUGCCGGAAGCCUUCACAUCGUCCCCAAGCUCGACAGGACCAUCACAGAUAUUUACAAUGACGAGCUUUACAGCCCCAACUUCACCCUGAGCACAUCAACUCCGUCACACACACAACCUGCGCAGAACUCUGGCUCUCCGCACCAAGACAUGUUUGCGCAGCGACUACAGGCAGCUCAGCAGCAUCUGAGCGCUGCUCAGACACCGACGAAUACAAUCUCUCGUGAUCGCUCACCAUUCCGCAACGGAUCGCCGCUCGCACCGACGCCCAUGCACGACUUCGGCGCUGAGCCUUCACAUUGCCAGCAGCGGCAAGGGCAGGGUCAGCAGCCAAGGCAGCUGGGUUUCAAGUCGGCGCAGCAGCUCCGGGAGCAGCACAAGGCAGAACAAGACGAGGAGGCCCUCCGUCAGCAGCUGAACAGGGGAUCAAACGCAGCGACACCUCAAACGAUAUCGCCCAAGGACGCCAUGCUUGAGUUCAACGACAGUGAAGAUCUGAGCAACGUGCCACUUUUCCCGCAAACUUCCUCAAAUGGAAUGAGCGGCUUCACGGAGGACGAGCUCAACAAGGCUGUCGCCGCGGCCGCUGCCGCCCAGAGCAACCAGGGUUUUGGCACCCAUGGUCUGCCCAUGGACACGAGCGCAUUCACCUUCACAGCAGCACCCAUGGCUCCCACGAUACAGAUUCCUCAGGCUUAUCCAUUUGUUGGCGCGGGCCCGAUGUCGAUGCAGCAGACUCCAGUCUCGAUGCGCGGUUCAUCAUCUACCCCCGGACACCUGUCUGCUACAAGUCAUUCGACCAGCACCCACAGUAGCAUCAGCCCCAGCAUCAACAGCCCUGGGAGGCCGGAGGGUAGGAUCAGCGCUGACGGCGGCACAUACACUUGCACUUACCACGGCUGCAGCUUGCGGUUCGACACGCCGGCGCUCCUGCAAAAGCACAAGCGUGAGGGUCAUCGUCAGGCCCAUGGCCUCAGCGCAAGUGGACGCAGGACAAACAUGGAUAUGGGGCAUGGCGGAGACAACAUGACGUCGCAGCUCCUCAACACGCAGCACGGCCCCCACAAAUGCAGCCGCAUCAACCCGAGCACUGGCAAGCCCUGUAACACCAUCUUCUCUCGACCUUACGACCUUACAAGGCACGAGGACACUAUCCACAAUGGGCGCAAGCAGAAGGUUAGAUGCGAUUUAUGCACCGAGGAGAAGACUUUCAGCCGCGCGGAUGCGCUUACGAGACACUACCGAGUUUGUCAUCCCGACGUCGAGUUUCCCGGCAAGCAUCGUCGUCGAGGGAUGCAGGGAAGCAGCAAUCAUCACUGA